UACAAUAAACAAAAUUCACCCUCGGCGCUGCCGCUGCUGUUCUUGAUGUUUUGGUGCUUUGCUUUCCUUCCGCUGGAGGUAUCGUGCCGAGCGCAAUUCGGAAGGCAGAGAAGGAGAAGAAUCUCGUCCAUGGCAUGCCCCAACUCAAAGCAAUCAACUCUACUUCCUUGUAUUCCUGUUCCCUAUGGCAUUCUUCUGUUCCUCCCAAACGCCCGCAAUCCUCAUCUGGCCGAUUUCCUCCUCCUCCUCCGCUGCCUCGGAAGAAGAAGAAAAGGAUGCCCCCUGCGCUGCGUCUCCUCAUCUGCUCCCUUGCCUUCCUCGCCCUCGCUCCUCAAGGCCUUGUAAAAGUUGAAGCUUUUACGGGAACUUAUGGCAUAAACUAUGGAAGAAUUGCUGACAAUCUUCCUCCACCUGAAAGUGUUGUCACCCUUUUAAAAGCUGCAAGAAUUAAGAAUGUGAGAAUCUACGAUGCUGAUCACAGCGUGCUCAACGCUUUCAAAGGAUCUGGGCUUGAGUUAGUUGUGGAUAUUCCCAACGGGUUUCUAAGUGAUAUUAGUGUAUAUGAAGACCAUGCUAUGAGCUGGGUAAAGGAAAAUGUGGAGGCAUUUCUGCCUGAUACACCCAUCAAAGGGAUUGCCGUUGGCAAUGAAGUUUUAGGUGGAGAUCAGGAACUGGAAGAAGUUCUUUUUGGUGCCAUAAAGAAUGUGUAUAAUGCUCUCAAGAUUCUUCAAUUAGAAGAUAAAAUUGAAAUUUCGACGCCGCAUACAUUUGGCGUGCUUGCCAAUUCCUUCCCACCCUCAUAUGGUGCAUUCAAAGAAGAUGUUCUAGUUUACAUGAGGCCCAUUCUGGAGUUCUUUUCGCAGAUCAAUAGCCCCUUCUAUAUCAAUACAUAUCCAGUUUUCGCUUACCAAAGUGAUCCUGAGCAUAUCGACAUCAAGUAUGCUCUUUUCCAGCCGAAUCACGGAGUGCGUGAUAACAAGACUGGUUUGCACUAUGAUAACCUGUUUGAUGCUAUGAUAGAUGCAACUUAUGCUGCUCUGGAAGCUGCAGGCUAUCCUGAUAUGGAGGUCCGGGUUUCAGAGACAGGUUGGCCUUCUGCCGGCGAUGAAAAGGAAGUGGGAGCCACUGUGAAGAAUGCAAGGACUUACAACUUUAAUUUGCGCAAACGGCUUCUCAAGAAAAAAGGGACUCCACUCAGGCCAAAGAAGGUGGUCAAGGCUUAUGUGUUUGCACUUUUCAACGAGGAUUCAAAGCCUGGACCAAGCUCUGAGAGGCAUUUUGGGCUAUUCAAUGCUGAUGGAAGUAUAGCAUACAACAUUGGCUUUACUGGUCUGAGGCCUUCAAGCGCGUCUUCACAUCGCUUAUCCUUGAAGGAUCUCGGAAGACAAAGUUGGUCUGCACCAUUCUCCAUUCUUCUCACAUUAUCUGUAGCACUCAUUCUGGCUUUCACAAUUUAACUUGAGAAGGAGGACAAAUUUCUUGGUCGAUCACGAAGAAUGCAUCAACUGGAACAGAGCGAAAUGUUCUCCCAACUGCUUUUCAGUUAUCUUCAUGUACGCAUUAAUUGUUUUAUUCAUAUAUAUGAUAAGAAUUAUUCUAAUAAAAAAUGUGCAGCUUUCCUUGUUCUUGGCCGUACAUAGUUGUAC